AUGGAGCUUCGAGACAACAGAAACAUCAGGGCGAUACGUGAAUCUUCGGAUAGUGAUAGCAUCGGCGAUGACGAAAUCGACGAGGAACAUAGACAUUGUGAACCGCGCGGCGGGAUGAAAAUUCCGAUCAAAAAGAGAAGAGGAAGGCCGAGGAAAGAUAACGACGCCGUCAACCGCCCACAUCCACCGUCCACUGCCGAUUCACAAACCAAACCCGAACGCCGUGGUGGCCGCCCCCCAGGUUCCGGCACAUCUCAGGUUCUCGCAACGUUAGGUGGCUAUGCAUGGAACACAAUCGCCGCACAGUUUACCCCUCACGUUAUUAUCGUUCAACCAGGAGAGGGUAUGUUUGAGAUAUUACGACUGUUUGGAUGGUUUGAUGAUAGAGGUCGUGAAAAAAUAAUUACUAUUACAUUUUCUAAACCCAACGGCCAAGUCUUUGGUGGCGUCGUCGUCUCUUUACUCAUAGCGGCCACUCCCGUUCAGAUAAUUGUGGGAAGUUUCAUCCAAAAAAUGGAGAGCAAUAAUGGAGUACUUAACUAAAUCAAUGGAGUAUACUCAGCCACAAACAGUACUGCAGGCCCGAAGAAGAAAGAAUUUUAUAAUGAUUCCAUCUCCUUGCUUUAAACUACCAAAUGGCGCUGUUUCUUUUCCAGUUUUUUACCGCAAAACUUUUGAAUAGUAGAAAGUAAAAAGUUGAUUGUAAAAAUUAUAUUGGUGAGUUUGUAAUGAAAUCUUUUUCCGUUUCUAGACCAA